UAUUUUUUCACGCAAAAUUCCUGCAAUAACGCUAUGGCUGUCGUAAAUCCAUGACAGUUUUUAGGCUAAACACUCCAGCAAUCUGCGUAUGACAUUACUUUUCCAAUUUAAAAAUAUUGUUAUGGUAUGUAGUUACCAAAUUUAUCUAUCUCCCAUCAAGUCGCCAGGUACGCCUGGUCCCCUUCUCUUCUUUUCUAUUACUUCGUGCCACCUUCAGUACCCUUUUCUCUGUCCCAACCACUCUUUCUCGAUCAACUUGGCGAUGGUCUGAUUCAUCAAAGACCCUCAGAUAUUUUCUCCUUCUUCUCCUUUAAAAGCUUUGGAAUUCUCAGACAUCUUCUGUUUCUGAAUCAUGGGGUCUGAAGGAUCUAGGGUUGUUGAAUCUUUGCCAAUGUUGGAAACAAGGACUCUAGCUUGGACCUGGCAGGGUCCUGAGUCAAAGUCGGUGGUCCAACUUGGCCAAACAGCUGAGUCAGCAGUCCAACUUGGGCGGAGUCUCUUUCCCAGGAACUUCAGAUUACUUGAAGAACUCGAGAGGGGGGAGAAGGGCAUUGGUGAUGGCACAGUCAGCUAUGGCAUGGAUGAUGCGGAUGACAUAUACAUGCGGUCAUGGACAGGAACCAUCAUUGGACCCCACAAUACUGUCCAUGAUGGACGUAUCUAUCAAUUGAAGCUUUUUUGUGACAAAGAUUAUCCUGAUAACCCACCCACUGUGAGAUUCCAGGCAAGGAUAAACAUGACCUGUGUGAACCAGGAAACUGGUUUGGUUGAUCCCAACCAAUUCUCAAUGCUUGGAAACUGGCGAAGGGAGUACACCAUGGAAGACAUUCUGACCCAACUCAAGAAAGAAAUGGCCUCUGCUCAGAACCGUAAACUGCCUCAGCCUCCUGAAGGUAAUGAUGACGCAAGGAUAGAUCAGAAAGGUUUGGUGCUAAGGUGUUCCAUUCUGUGAAUGGAUGGAAAUUGGGUUGGAAUCCAUAUGUAGAUACAAGUUUAGUUGUUUUUGGUUAAGUUGCAUGACCUUGAGGGAGGAUACGCCCCACCACGCCAGAAGCAAAAGCUGCUUAGGACCUGUUAAAAUUGAGGGGUCUAUGCCAACAAACAUUUCCAGGCCGUGGUCGUGGGCAAUGGUCUGUAACCUCUGUGUAGAGAGAACACCUCUUGAAUUAGUAAUGUGCUGGACACGAACUAUGCGUAUCUUUGCUGUGCAUUCUCAUAGAAGAAAAUGAAACAAUAAGUUUUUAUCUGAAAAAUGGAGAGGGGAACAAGCAGUUGCAUGUGCA